UGAGAGAUCAGACUUUAGCAGGAACUUUGGUUGCUUGAGCAAAUAGUUUCCAAAGAAGCCAGAAGAAAUGCCUCCAAAACCUGUGGACUUGAAUUGCCCCAUCUGUAAGGACAUCUUCAGGGAUCCUGUUGAUUUGCUCUGCAGCCACAGCUUCUGCGCAGAGUGUUUGAAUAAAUGGUGGGAGGGCAAAAUAAUACCAACCUGUCCAAUCUGCAGGAAAACGUCACCAAUAAGUAAUGGCAUCUCUAGAGAGGUCUGCUGCCGGCUGCAUGGUGAGAGAUUCAAGCUGUUCUGUGUGGAUGACAAGGAACUUUUAUGUGUCGUCUGUCAGCAUUCGGAUGAUCAUUACGGACACAAACUCCAACCUGUCAAUGAAGUAGCUCAGGGUCAGAGAAAUGAGCUGAGAAAUGUCCUGAGGCCACUGCUGGACAAACUGAAGGUGUUGAAAGAAGAGAAGGGAAACCUGGAUCAGACAGCUGAACACAUUAAGCUCCAGGCCCAACACACCGAGGGCCGGGUCAAGGAGCAGUUCAGGAAGCUUCAUCUGUUCCUCCACAAGGAGGAAGAUGCCAGGGUUGCUGCUCUGAGGACAGAAGAAAGCAAGAAGACUCAGAAGUUAAGCCUAAAGAUCGAUGCCCUGAGUAGAGAGAUUGCUGCUCUUUCACAGACAAUAAAAGACACAGAGGGACUGAUAAAGGCUGAGGACGCCGUGAUGCUGCAGAGCUUUAGGACUGCUGCAGAAACCAUCCAACAGCGCCUCCUGCUGGAGAAUCCUCAGCCUGUCUCUGGAGCCCUGAUAGAUGUGGCCAAACACCUGGGCAACCUGAGCUUCAACAUCUGGAACAAGAUGAAGCAUCUGGUGUCCUACAGUCCUGUGGUUCUGGAUCCGAACAGCGCGAACUUUGAGCUCAUCCUGUCUGAAGACCUGACCAGCGUGAGAUGCGGCCAGAAGCAGAACAUUCCUGACAACCCGGAGAGGUUUGACUUCUUCCGCAUCGUGUUGGGCUCGGAGGGCUUCAUGACGGGAACCUACAGCUGGAACGUUGAGGUUGGAGACAACACGGACUGGUUUGUGGGAGUCGCCUCCCAAAGCGUCCAGAGGAAAGGAAACCAUCCGACUCGUCUGUGGAGAAUCGGCUGCAUUGGCGGUCAGUACGUGGCCCGGGCCCUGUCGGAACCGUCCACGGUUCUGCCGGUGAGCGGACGGCUCAGCAGGAUUAAAACCAUUCUGGACUGGAACCGGGGGAAGCUGGUGUUCCUCGACCUCAACACCAACACUGUCAUUCACACCUUCACUUAUUCCUUCACCGAGAAACUGUUUCCUUACUUUAACUCUGCACAUGCGUCCCCGUUGAAGCUCAUCCCUGAAAAUGUGUCUCUGAGGUUGAGUUGAAUCAGUGCAAUGAUACAAAACAGAGGAACAGAAAGGAUACAACUCUCUGACUUUAUUCUGAAGAAUUGCUUUUAUUUUCUCAUGACAUUUUAUUUUACUGUAUAGAUUGAAGUUGUUGAUAAAAUAAACAUUUGUGAAAAAGUUUUUUUAUUUGAAGUGAAUCAUGAAGUGAUGUUCUGACAGCAUGGAAGGCAUCUAAUGAAGAGUCUUCCACAGAAAACCUUUCCUCUAUUUUUAGCGUCAGAGCCGGUCCGGCCCGACCGGAGCCGAUCCGGCCCGAUCCGAUCCGGUCCGGCCCGAUCCGAUCCGACCCGACCGGAGCCGGUCCGGCCCGAUCCGAUCCGGUCCGGCCCGAAGACAAAUCUAAUUUGAGGGACCUUUCCAGGAACAUGUGGGAACUAAUUAUCACUAAGCAGUUGUUCAAUAUUCAUAAGGAUAUUUCCACUGGCUGUAAGUGGCGUGUAAAAGUAUUCACACCUCUUGACAUUUUCCAUGUAUCGUCUCUUUACAAUCACAAACAUCAAUAUUCUUCACUGGAAUUUUAUGUGAAAGUCCAAAAAAGUGCAAAUCAAUUGUUAUAUAGAAAGAAAGUAUAAUUAAAAACAUGAGUUCCUUCUGUUUUCUCUCAGUGUCAUCUGAACACUGGAAGACGCUGAAGAUGAAGGACUGAUGAGUGAAGACAGAACGGUUGGAGCAGCUGGGGCUGUUUGGAGGCGCGGCCUUCCCAGUAUCGCUUCUCAUCACCAGUAAGAUAUGUGGAAGUAAAUUAAAAUCUGCUGGCUUUCAGGUAACUCACUGGAAAGUCCAUCCAUCGCUCUGACAUUCAACAAUGAAGUCUGGCUUGGUUAUAAAUAACUAGCAGUUCCUGCUCAGGAGAUUAUUAACAAAGGCAGUAAUUGAGAUGAAAAUGUCGGAGGCGGAGCGUCACCUGAUGAGGAAAAUGAUGAUCAGAGUUGAGUUUAUAAAUGUUGAGUCUAUAAAUAAAUAGCUUUUGAUUUUAGUACAGACCACUACUGCAUUCAAAGAAUCAGCAUUUAUAAUUCUUCAUAAGCCACAAAGUUACAAAUUUGCUGUAAAUAAUCAGUUGGAACAAAGAAAAAGAUCCUGCUGUCAUUGGGAGGUUUGUUCAGUAACAUGUAUUUAUUCUCUAAUAAAAUUAUA